GGGGGACGGGGAGGAGAGGGGGGUCUAGAGAUGCACACGCGCACGGCGCUCCCAGGCCGCCUCCCAGCUCCCGGACUCCAUUUCCCAGGAUGCAUCUGGAGACACCUCUUUCUCUCUUUCCCCCCCUCCCAUCCCCAAGCAUGACUCGACCCUCUUUCCCUAGCCGGAUGCAUUGUGGGAGUGGUCCUUCUGGGGCUCGCAGAGCCUGGGCCCGGCAAUCUGUCAGUUCAAUGCCCUGUUCUUCACCAAUUCAGCAGCAUGGAGGUUGAGGAGGGAAUGACUUUGGGGUUCCUCACAACCAGGUUUCAGGAGUCGGUGAUGUUCAGAGACGUGGCUGUGGACUUCACCCGGGAAGAAUGGAGGUACCUGGAGCCGGCCCAGAGGGCCCUGUACAGAGACGUGAUGCUGGAGAAUUACCAGAACCUGGUCUCCUUGGGGCUUCCUGUUUCCAAAUUUGAUGUGAUCUCUCUAUUGGAGAGAGGAGAAGCCCCAUGGAGGCCCAAGGGAGGAGACCCAAGGUGCUCCUGUCCAGAUUCCUUUACUGAGGACAGCAGAAUUACAAGCAACAACUCCCUUCUGAUACAGGCUAUUUGCAUGCAAGAAUCAUCCAAGAAAAGAUUGUCAAAGGAUCCUGUCCAUUGUUCAAAGAUUCAAGAAGCUAGAGAAAAUGAAAUUAAUUUAGAGAAAUCGAAGAGUAGCCAGGAGAGACAGUUCAAACAAGUAGCAAUCACUCCUAGAACAACUUUUAAUAAAGGGAGUGUGCCUCAGGGUGAUACACUGGGGAGAAAUUUUAGUCCAGGGUCAGUCUUAGGUGCAUUGUGGAAGGGAGGUGUGGAGAAACAUUUCCAUAAGUACAAGAAACUUGGAAAGAGCUUCAGGGAUUUUUCAGACCUGAAUAUGUGUAAUAGACCCUCCUUAGAGAAAAACUUGGUUAAGUGUAGCUUGUGCAGGAAGCCCUUCAGUUACCGCUCAGAUCUAAUUAAAUUUCAUAGAAUUCAUACAAGAGAAAGGCUAUAUGAACACAAUGAAUGUGGGAAAGCCUUUGGCAGAAGACAAAAUGUCACUGGACAUCAGAGAAUUGAUAAUGGAGAAAAACAUGAAUGUAAUCAAUAUGGGAAAGGCUUUAGGCACAAGGAAAUCUUGACUAAACAUAAGAAAUUUCAUACAGCAGUGAAACCCUUCGAAUGUAAUGAAUGUGGUAAGUCCUUCAGAGAAAGUAAAGUACUCAAAAGCCAUCAGAGAAUUCACACUGGAGAGAAACCUUUUGAAUGUAAUGAGUGUGGGAAAGGGUUUAGCCAGAGGGCCAAUCUUGUUAGACAUCACAGAACUCAUACUGGAGUGAAACCCUUUGGAUGCAAUCAGUGUGGGAAAGCUUUUAGCCAGAGAGGGCAGCUCAUAUAUCAUCAAAGAAUUCAUACUGGCGAAAAACCAUUUGAGUGCAGUGAAUGUGGGAAAUGCUUCAGUCGAAGGGCAAUCCUUAUUACCCAUCAGAGAACUCACACAGGAGAGAAGCCCUUCACAUGUAAUGAAUGUGGAAAAGCCUUCAGUGAGAGAAAAGUACUCAAAAGCCACCAGAGAAUUCAUACUGGAGAGAAACCUUUUGAAUGUAAUGAGUGUGGGAAAGCAUUCAGCCAGAGGGGGCUACUUAUUUAUCACCAGAGAAUCCAUACUGGAGUGAAACCCUUUGAAUGUAACGAAUGUGGAAAAGCCUUCAUUGAGAGUCAAGUAUUAAAAAGCCAUCAGAGAAUCCACACUGGAGAGAAACCUUUUGAAUGCAAUGAAUGCGGUAAAGGCUUCAGUCAGAGAGGACACCUCAUUAGACAUCAGAGAACUCAUACUGGAGUGAAACCUUUUGAAUGUAAUGAAUGCCAAAAAGCUUUCAGUCAGAGAGGAAACCUAAUUUAUCAUCAGAGAAUUCACACUGGAGAGAAGCCUUUUGAAUGUAGUGAGUGUGGGAAAGGCUUCAGACAGAGAGCAGUUCUUAUCACCCAUCAAAGAACUCACACAGGAGUAAAACCCUUUGAAUGUAAUGAAUGUGGGAAAGGCUUCAGCCAGAGAGGACAUCUCAUUAGACACCAGCGAACCCAUACGGGAGCGAAACCCUUUAAAUGUAGUGAAUGUGGGAAAGGCUUUAGCCAGAGUGGACACCUCAUUAAACAUCAGAAAAUCCAUACUGGAUCAAAACAUUUUGAAUGCAAUAAAUUCCUUCAUCAAGAACAAGUUAUUCCAAAGUAGCUUUCCAUCAAUUGGGGAAUGGCUACAUAUAUUACGUGAUAUAAAUAAUGAAAUAUGACUGUGCUAUAAGAAAUGGUAAAGAAUUCAAAGAAACAUGAGACAAUAUGAACUGAUGCAGGAUGAAGUACAGAGGGCCAGAAAUGUAGUAUGCAUCAAGAGUAUAACAAUGUAAGCAAAACAAAAAACUUCAGUGCAGACUAAUUUAAUGACCCAGCUUGACCUCAGGAAAUGUGAAAUACACUUGCCUCCUUUUCAAAAAGAUGGGACCAGGGAUAGAUAACCUUGUGUUUGUUACCAGACUUUGCUGGAUUGUGUCGUUUAGUCUUGUUAAAUUGUUUCUUAACCUCCCCACCUUCAUUCUUUGUUACACGAGAUGGCUUUUUGGGUAGAAAGGGGUGAAGGUCAUACUAAAACAUAUCAAAAUUAUUUUUUAAAAAUUAUUUUAGAAGAACAUAUGCUAGUUCAUUUCCUUUACUGGUUGUAAACUAGCAUAUACCUUGUUGAUGCAGGGUUGUUGACAUGCUGAUUCCCCUCAUUAGACUGUGAGGGGAUAGGACUGUUCACUUUUUAAAUCUUUCUUUGUCUCCCCAGUGCUUAGCACAUGCCUGGAACAUAGCAGUCACUUAAGAAAUGCUUAUUGAUUGAGGUUAAAGAAAUGUUGUAGACAUAAUUUAACCUAAAACAAAGGUAGCUAAUUAAGAUUUUUGUGGAAAAAAUAGAGCAAUGUAGGCUACAUUGUCAUAAAAUUAAAUGGGUUCAAAACUGAUUGAAUUAUCAACUCCAAAAUGUGAUCAUUAAUAAUUUGAUGUCAGAUUGAAAGGCCUGCCAAGGAAGUGCUUCAGGCUCCCAAGCUACUUGAAUAUUUUUGUCAGUGACUUAUGUGAUGUUGCAUUUCCCAAAUUUCCCACUUCCUUCUGUAUGUUAAAAAAAAAAAAUCUGUUGAUGAUCUUUUUUUUUUUUUUUU